AUGGAAUCGAGACCUGGCGAGAACUCUUCCCCUGUCCCACAUGAACCUGGAGUUGACGCACAAGACGCUUUAUGCAACUACUUGCGAAAGCUCUAUUUAUUGGGCACAGCUACGCACACCGUAGCUGGCCCACCCCUUUCCAUGUGGGAGCCCGGAGAAUUGGGAGCAGAUGAGGGAGAUAGAUUUCGGAAACAAUUAGUAGCCUACCACCAUGAUGGCGCUGUGAUUUUAUCUGAGGAAUACGGCAACGAAUUCACGGCUACGGUGACUGAGACUGAGGGCUUACAGCACACAAAGACUGGAUCUAUACAAAGGGCUGUUGGAUCUGAUGAUUCUACGCUGCUCUCUUCUGAAUACCAUGGUGGUCUAGAGGGUCCUGGCUCCUCUGUUGAAGCAGUUGAUCUUGAAGAAGUCCCCUCUGGUGUACCGGAGUUGGCUAGCGCGUGUGAGUCUGUUUGGGAUACCGAGACAUCACAGCAGGGGAAGGGUGGCCCUGGGUUUCCUAGGCUGCUGCAUUUAGCAAGUGCUAAUUUGCUUGUACUUGCGUUGCUGUAUAUUAUUGUGGGCUUGAGGAGCCUUGCGGCAGCGGAAAGCCGGGACAAAGAAGAGAAAAAAGCCAUUGAGAAAGAGAAGGCUGCUUUGCAAGCGGCCAUAAGUCAGGAGGCUGCAAAGGCUGAGUUUACCAGGGCGGAAGUGAAAUUGGGGCCUGAUAACCGCGCGAUUACCCAAUCCAUUGUGGAAUAUGCGCGUGAAAUGGAGCCAAAGUUGGCUGCCAAGUACGCUAAAGCUAUGGCGAACGCGCGAACAGCCAAAGAGAUACUGGAGCGCGCAAAGAAGUCGCCGCAGGAAGCGGUUUCUGCGCAGGAUGCCGCAAUGGUUGAGCUCGAGUUGGCGGACCAGAUGAAAGGUGUAUCAGAAGAACAGUUGCCGGAGUUUCUGGAGAAGAUAAGGCAAGAGGACAUCCUUGCGAGUAUGUGGCUGGAGUUGCUUGACAACUGUAUUGGAUUGGCUCGUGCGCAGACACCUGAGGAAGCGUCUAGAGCAAAGCAAAGUCAUCUUGCCCAUCUAGACGAAUAUCAGGGUAGGUACCAGGAGCUCAUGGAAGAGCUGCCGGUGCAAAAAGCUUUAUUAAAGCAGGAAAUGAUGUUAGAUAAAUCCCUGGAUGAGGACAUAGCAGGAUUGGAGAAGCAGGUGGAGGAAGCCGAACAGAAGAUAAGUGACCAAGAGUUAGCAUUUGGCCCCGACCGCAAGACAGCAGACGAGUUGACUAAGGAAGCGAUGGAUAGGCUGAGGAAUCAAAGGAAACUUACUGCAAAGCUACGAGAGGAAAGCGCUAUGAACAGGGUCAGCUGGUAUGCCCUUCAGCAGGCAGAGAACUCGCUGAAGGAGAAUAAAAAACAGCUGGGAAUAUUACUGAGUUCAAAGUCCCUUAUGCCCACUGACUAUGAGAGCUUGGAACUCACUCCAGGUGCCCUACACCUUGAAGAGAAGCAGCUCCUAAAGGCUGAAAAGCAUUUAAAGGCCCUUGAGGAUGAGCGGGCUCUUUUGGUGGCCGAGCACGAGGCCCUGAAACUGAAGUGCGACGAGACUGUCAACAACAAGAACAUUGCCGCCAAACUGCUAGAAAUGGUUAAAAUUCCCCAGGAAGAGCUACUAAGCCUCAAGGAUGCAUCAGAAGGUACUGGUGGGGAAGAGAUGAAGCAUCAUGAUGUACGGAUGGAGGGAAAAUUAGUAAAUACGGCGGUGCGACGGGCUCUUGAGAAACUAGAGCAGUUUGAAACGAACAGAACGAAGCAAGAAUCAGUAGAUCGAAAUCUUGUUGUCGCAUCUAGCGCAGUGAAACGCUGGGGACGAGAGGUUGAAAAGCUCAAAGCCCACAUGGAGCUGCGAAUGAGAGACCCGAUGGCAUUUGGCACGGCUGCACAGGAAGAACUAACGCGCAGGAUGGCCAAGAAGAAAGAUGUGGCAAUCAGUCUGCGGGACAGGUUUUCGGGCUUUAGCUCCUUCAUUUUUGACCAUCCAGAUUCAAGUAUAGCUCUUAGUUUGUGGACAAAAGAUGUGGCGCCUUACGCAAAUGCCUAUGUUCUCAGCAUACAGGAGUUUGUGCAGGACUUGUCCCGCCUCCGGCUGGCAGACGCAUUCACUCAGGAUUACUUGUGGAAUAGGCAGCUAAUUGAGGACUUGCAGUUGAAGCCUAUCGAAGAUCUCAUGCGUGAUGUGACAGCAGGCUCCGAAGGUGCACUGCAGAAGGAACGCGUAAGCUCCAGGCUGGAGUCUCUCAAGUCAGAGCUGAGUACUCUCGAGACCCAGGAGCAAGCUAUCAAGCAGGAAAUACAAGAGCUUCGCACUCAGCUCGAGCUAAUGACGGACUCAGGUUUCUGGAACUCGAGCAUGCCUCAGCUGAUAACAGGUACUUCGACCUACAUUGAGCGGCAGACAGCUAUGCUCAAUUUCCUUGGGCGCCGCAAGGAGUGGCUACAGGGUGUCACUGAAGGCGAUGUGCAACAGGAAGUGCAGCAAUGUUUCAUGGAUGCAGUAAGGGUAUCAGGAGAACGGCUCACGCGGUACGGACCAGACCCAAGCAUUCUCGAUGCCCUGCACAAUGCGCACAAAACCGCUAUUGGCGAUGUUGCUGCUAACCUCAAAAAGAUUAUGGCAGAUCAUAGGGUAGAUGAGGAGACAUUAGCUCCUGCAUAUAACAAAAGUCGGUUUCCAACUCAUAAACGAAGUGAAGACAUUUCUGACCAACCGGGAUUUCCGGCUAGAGGUCCCACCGAGUUCGGCGGGGAGGUGCAUGAUAAGCUGCCCGAACCAGUGUCCAGAUUGAAUUUUGAUGAUGGUUUUACGGGAGAAACAUACGUCUCAGAAAUACAGUGA